AUGUCGAAUUCAUUUGAACAAAUGUCUACAUCAUCUUAUAAUACACAAAGCAGUUCAAUCAAACGAUUAAUGCGCGAAGCUAUUGAAUUAAAAGAGCCAACUGAACUAUUCUAUUGUCAACCAAUUGAAAAUAAUUUAUAUGAAUGGCAUUUUACAAUACGUGGUCCUAAAGAUACAGAAUUUGAACAUGGUAUUUAUCAUGGUCGAAUUUUAUUGCCUGUUGAAUAUCCAAUGAAACCACCUUCAAUUAUUUUUCUAACGGCAAGUGGUCGUUUUAAAAUAAAUGAAAAAAUCUGUUUAUCAAUAUCUGGACAUCAUGCAGAAACAUGGACACCAACAUGGGGUAUACGAACAGCUUUAUUGGCAAUAAUUGGUUUUAUGGAAACACCUGGAGAAGGUGCUAUAGGUUCACUUGAUUAUACACCUGAUGAAAGAAGAAUUUUAGCUAAACGAUCUCAGUCAUAUGUAUGUCCAACAUGUGGUAUAGCUAAUAGUCAACUAUUAUUACCAUUAUCAGAAAAAUCGAUUGAUAUACAAAAACAAGCUAAAGAAUUAGCUAAUCAAAUUAGUUUUCAGAAGAAUUUUGAAACAACAUCGAAUAAUAAAUUAGUUGUUAAAUCAUCAUUAAAUUCCAGUGAAUUACGUUCUAAUUCGUCAAAUCAAAUAUUAGUAUUAAAUGAAAAUAAUUUCAAUAAUAAUCUAUUCAAUUUUGUUAUAUAUGUUUGUUGUAUAAUAUUUUUAUUUCUCUUUUUACGACGAUUAUUUUUAAUAUUUGGUAAUAGUCAAUCAUUUCCGUCGUCAUUUACUGAUUUUUAA